AUGACGUCCCCCAACACCCUGACCUCAGUUUCAUCACAGUUGGUCUUAGUGCUCCUCUCUCUGCUUUUGGUGCUGCCUGUUGUGGAAGCAGUGGAAGCUGGAGAUGCCCUCGCACUCUCGUUAGGUGUGGUCCUCCGCAUCACAGGCAUUUGUGCUUGUUUACGUGUAUAUGCACGAAAGAGAAGUGGACAGGUAUGA